CUCUGAACAUUGACACGUACCUAUGUCGCAUUAAUGAAAGAAUGAGAGAAGGAGAUGGUGUAUCAAUUUUGAUACCGACGAUGCAAAUUCUGGAAUUUCACGAUGCAUUCAUUUCAUAGAUGAGAGAAGGAAACCACGGAACAAGAACGGCCCGCUCCACGUGAUGCUCUAACUGGCUUCGGAUCCCUGUCAGGAGUACGAAGUCAAAAGUGUUUACUCAAAAGUGUCAUUUUCCAUUGAGGAUCAACAACGAAGAAGCCCUUCAAAAAAUAUUCUGAGAUGUCUUUACAAAUUCCUCACCGAGAAAAGAACAAGGGCGCACAUGGAGCUGCCACAAAAGCUGUGAUUCUGGUUGGUGGCCCUUCAAGAGGAACCCGCUUCAGACCACUAUCCUUGGAUCUGCCAAAGCCUCUCUUCGAAGUUGCUGGACAUCCUAUUGUCUGGCACUGCCUCACCGCUAUCGCAAAGGUACCCCACAUUCAAGAGGUUUGCAUGAUCGGAUACUACGACGAAUCUGUCUUCCGCGACUUCAUUAAGGAUUCUUCAAAAGAAUUCCCACAAAUCAAGAUCGUAUACUUGCGAGAAUACCAAGCUCUGGGGACUGCUGGAGGACUCUACCAUUUCCGCGAUGCUAUUCUCAAAGGCAAACCUGAACGCUUCUUCGUCCUCAACGCAGAUGUGUGCUGUUCCUUCCCAUUGAAUGAUAUGCUCAAGCUGUUUGAGGACAAGGAUGCAGAGGCAGUUAUUCUUGGUACCAGAGUCAGUGAGGAUGCGGCUAGCAACUUCGGAUGCAUCGUAUCAGACAGUCAUACCCGUCGAGUUCUGCAUUACGUCGAGAAGCCGGAAUCCCACAUAUCGAACCUCAUUAACUGCGGUGUCUACCUCUUCGCAACGGAAUGCAUCUUCCCUUCCAUCCGCAGCGCAAUCAAGAAGCGUACCGAACGUCCUCGACUCGUCUCCUACCCUUCUUCCGAAAACCUCGAGUCCUCCUUCUUCCAAGACGACGACGAGGAAACAAAGAAUGAAGUUCUGAGAUUGGAGCAGGAUAUCUUGAGUGACUUGGCAGACAGCAAGCAAUUCUUCGUACACGAGACCAAGGAUUUCUGGAGACAAAUCAAGACUGCAGGUUCAGCUGUCCCAGCAAAUGCUUUGUAUCUGCAAAAGGCAUUACAGACCGGCUCGAAAGAGUUGGCCAAGCCUUCAGCAAAUAUCCUUCAACCAGUCUUCAUUCACCCUACCGCAACAGUGGACCCAUCCGCUAAGCUUGGUCCAAAUGUCUCAAUUGGUCCCCGAGUCCAUAUUGGUGCUGGUGUCCGAAUCAAGGAAUCGAUUGUCCUGGAGGAUGUUGAGAUCAAGCAUGAUGCAUGCGUUCUGUAUUCCAUCAUUGGAUGGAAUAGCAGAAUUGGUGCAUGGGCUCGUGUUGAGGGUACCCCUACACCCGUCAACAGUCACACUACAUCCAUCAUCAAGAACGGUGUGAAGGUUCAGAGCAUCACAAUUCUUGGUAAGGAGUGUGGUGUUGGUGAUGAGGUUCGUGUACAGAAUUGCAUUUGCCUGCCAUUCAAGGAGUUGAAGAGGGAUGUCACCAACGAAGUCAUCAUGUAAAUUUCUAGAGCAUGCGUCGAUGGGACGGUAAUACCGAGGCAUAAAUUUGGGUUUUUUGCGUUCUUUGUCACUUUUUUUGGUGCAUAUCAUUACAAAAGUCCUUAGACCAAACUUUGCUCAUACCCAAUGAACUUCUGAAUAAUACAAUCUUCAGUUGAAUGUGCUUGCCCCUGAAUACCUUGGUAGUCGGGGAUGUUUCGGUUCGGCUUUUAGAUAACGAUAAAGAUUUUAACCCCUCGGUGGGGUACCGAUGAUUUCUUCAACACGGC